GACAGAAACCAAGCAACAUAUGGAAAAUCCUUGGGUACUUCUCAGCAAGGAUCUUAAAUGGAUCCUUGGCCAUUUGCGAGAGUUUGUAGUCGAGUUCUUCCUUCGCAACAGCAUCGGGGCCAUAAACUUUGAACCCGUGGAUCCGGAUAAACCGACGAGCGAAGUUGAUCUUUUAUCUCUUUCAAACUGGUUUAGUAUAAUAUAUCAGAUUGUGGCAUUCUUCUUCACGCUGCCUGUUUUCGUAUUUUACCCUCUCCUGAUGUUGAAAGCUUUGGACGAAGAAUUUAUUCGCCUACCUUCUGACGAACUAGAAGAAGCACACCCAGACGAGAAAUGGUUUUUCAUUAAUGGUGUGCUCGUAGACCGAAGAUGGUUGGACGCAAACUGCAAAUAUUUAGAGAAGCGUUUCGGUAGGGGAGUCACGGGUAUUCACAACAGCAGCUAUGGCAUUAUCUGGGACGUCGUGGAAGUCUUCCUCCAGAGAAGCUUUAAUAUCGAUACGAUAUCAGUACGCUGGGCCGUAAGUAGAAUGCUUCCAGCACUCAAAAACAACAACAUCAAGACCGUCCGUAUGCUCGCACAUUCACAAGGCGGUAUAAUAGCUGGUAUGGUUCUGACAAAUUUAUACGUUGAAUUGAGCCGUUCGGGUCAACAAGACUGUCUCAAAAAACUUGAAGUGUACACGUUUUCCAAUGCAGCCAGGGAAUUCAUCAAUCCUGGCAAUCUUGUUCGUUGCAUUGAGCAUUAUGCAAACGAAAAAGAUCCAAUUGCAAGGUUUGGUGUGAUUAGCAACAUUGGCAGCGGGAACUACCAUGGUAGCCUUUUUAUCAACCGAAAAUUAAACGGCGGCAAAGGGCAUUUGUUGAACACUUUUUAUAGCUUUAAUGAAGUUGAUUACACAAUCGUAAAGCCUCUAGGCGCCAUUCCUACUCUUAUGAGAAUGCCUGGAUAUGUAGCAAAUCUGCCCAUAAAGUUUAGAGGGCUCAACUAA